AUCAAGAUUGAAAAAUAUUCUAGAGACGCACGACACUCGCGACGUCAUCGCCCGUGAGGCCCCGCAAGCGGCCAUAUUGCGUGGGGAAACGCGCGCGUGCUUGGCUGGCGUGUGGCCAAAGCGACGUCACGUGACGGCGAUGGUCCCCCCGCCGGUAGCAAUAUGGAGGGGUGUGUAAGGUUCCCAUAGAAAUAUGGCCGUCGCUCGUCCCCUCCGCGUGGUUGUUGCGCAUCGUCGUCGUCCCCACGCCCCCCACCAUAACCCAGGGUAACGGAGACGCGGAGACCCGUGGAGGUUGUUUGCAGCUAAGUCCUGCACUGAUUGUGUAGUCCGCGAUGGAGGGAUUUGGAGAUCCCUGCGUGCUGCACAAAGUCUUGUCCGUCCUCCAUGAGAACACGGGAGAGCAAGAGUUGCAAGAGCUAUUGGAGCACCUCAACACUGAACUCAAAGAAAACGCACACAUGAUUGAGCGAGGGCUGGAGGAGAUGGGAGCGGAGUUGAGCGCUGCGUUUCCAGGAGACGAGCCUCCCGCCAGGGCGGCCGAGCAGCUGGCCUGGCUUGCCCGCAAGGACAUGGGAUCGCUGUGGCCCUCCCAGACGCCGCAGCCCGAAGUCGUACGCUUCCUGAGCGAAAUACUGCGCAUGCUCCGCUCGGAGCAGGGCCUCGACGACGAGAUUCUGCAGCUCCUGCUAGAGAUCUCGUCUCGCUCGGGAGUGCUCUUCCCUUCCCACCCCAGCGGCACCACCUUCCAGUUCUCCUCGCUGGCGUCUCUCAACGCCGCCGAGGACACGUCCGCACUGGACGUGCAGUCGCUGUGGGAGAGCACGCGGCUGCACCUCCGCACGCACCUCCUACGCAGGCUGGCUGCCAUCUCGGCAGCCACGGGCUCCGCCAGGGCACAACACUUAACCCGAUUGCGCUGCCUGCAGAGCUUGGCGUUCCUCUACCCACCGGACGAAUUUUUGCCCAAAUACAAGGCCAUGCGUGCCAAACAGCUGCAGGACAUGCUGCGGCGGUGUGGAAUGAAUCCGGCCAAAGAGUUUGAAAGCCGGGGCGCCGUUAACCUGGGGAGUUUUGCGCUGUCACUGGCGGAGGCUGUUCCCCAGAUCUGCAUGUUGAUGGUGGAAGACCAUGCGGCUGUUGGUGGCGUGGCGGGUUGCGAGGUGGCGUCCCGGUUUCUCCAAGAGGUGUUCCUGGAAGAGAUUGAGGAGGAGCUGGAGGGAGCAUUGGGGCAGCCAUUGCUGCUGCUGCCAGAUGGCCCUGCAUGCAAGGAUGGCAGGAGGCCAAAGGGAAAGAGAAACACAGUGGAUGAAUCUGCAAUGCUGGCACAAGACACGCUUUCCCAGCUGACCCGGGUGAUGUCAAGUCUGCUCAAGAUGGACAAGCGACUAAGGGAAUUAGCAUGGUCUGCCCCGGCUAGCAGUGGUGGUGUCAACGAAGGCCCACUCAAGAAAGGCAGCCCAGGACUCGUUUCUCCAGAACCACACUCGAAGAAGAAGCCGGGCACGUCUCAGGCUCUGGAAUGGGAAUGGAAGACUCUCUUCCAGGACCUUUCUGGUCCGAUGGCUCGGAGCCUUCUGCAAACAGGAGCGGAGAUCACGGGGAGGUGGUCACAGAAGUCGCCCGCCGGCGGCCCCUCUCCGCUGGUGUCCGCCGGCGUGAUGGAGGGUGGGGGCAGUCAUCGCUGCGUGGUGUUCGAGUUCUGUGCAGGCGUAGUGGACGAGCUGGAACUCUACUUUCCUUUGGCCGUUGCCGGUCGCGAGGGCCCACUGCGCGAAGUAGGCACCGCCUUCGUGUCCGUCUGCUGCGACGUGACGGCGUGCGUCCUGCGCCGGCUGCGGGAAUAUGGACGCGGUGGGGCAGACGGUGGCCCCGUGAACGCGUUGUACGCUGCGCUGUCCUCGGCGGCGUUUAUGCACGGCCGACUGCGGAGUUUCUGCGACGCGCUGGCCGACCGGUCGUUCACGUUGCCUUUGUCUGCGACCCUCAAGAAGUGGCAAGAGUUUAUGUCAGGCAUCUGUGACAGCAUCACAGACUACCACAUUGGGGUCCUUACCACGAGCAUCCUGCACGAUUCGGAGAGCCACCGCUGGGCAGAUCACAGGCCUUUCUACGAGGGCGAGCGUUGCUCCUUCAGCUUGCAGAUGUGGCACUGCCACCUCGGCGCCCUUUGGUCCGACCUCCGGCGGUCUCUGCCCCCGGCGCUGGCGCGCUCCCUGCUGGCGUCGGUGCUGGGCCGCUCGCUUGCGCCGCUCGCCGCGCGCUACGCCCGGGCCCGCCCGUCGGAGCGCCGGACGCCGCAGGUGCGCGCCGACAUCACGGCCGCGCUGGCCUACUCGGCGUGGCACCUGCUGGGCGUCUGCCGCGGCUGGCGGGAGCUGCUGGAGCCGGAGGGGAGCGGCGGGGACGAGCACGCGGAGCUGCUGUCGCCGAUCCAUGCGCACUGCGGCUCGCUGCUGGCAACGCUGGCUGUCGGCACUGCGCCGCUGGAUCAGCUCCACCUAGCCUUCAAAGAUGGGUUCCCUGCCGCGAAAAGCGCACCACGCUUGCGUAAAGAUGGAUCCAGGCCAGGCCUCGCUCCUCUGUGGCUGCAGUGGAUGAGGCCAGGCCUCUUUGGCAAAGGGCCAGAGAGGGUGUACGAGCACGUCAGGCUGCUGCUGGCCCAGCCUCGGCUGGACCGGGAUCUCCUCGUGCAGACCCUGGUGUUUGAAAACGGGCUGCUGUCCAAAGCGCUGCUCGUCAACACGGGGGUCGAGCGGCGGCGGCCGUGGCGGCGGGCGAACGCGGGGCCGGAGGGAGGCGGCCGCUCGCUGGCGCAGGCCGUGCUGCUCACGCUGGGCUCCUGCGAGGACUCUCCCUGCGUCCUGCGUGACGUGAUGCGGGAAUACCUGGACAGGCACGCCCUCUGGGACCACGUGGUCAUCUCGCCCGAAGUGGACGGGAGCCAGGAAUCGGCCGUGAGCGAAAGCCUGCGCCUCCUGCUGUCUCCGGCCCGGGAUGUGCUGCUGCUGCCCGUGCUGGAGCUGCUGGAGGCCUCGCGGACGGCCGGGAGUGAUGCGGCAAAGGAACUGCCGCCCUCUCUCAUCAGCAAGAUCCCCCAUGAGUGGGGGUUUGCGGCGUCGCAGAAGCAGGGAUUUGCAGGCACCAUGGACUUUGUGGAGCGAGCCCUAGAGGCCACCGUGCAGACGCUACCGCUGGCCGCGGCAUCUAUUUCUACGCCCAUCAAGGUCUUCUUCUCCUCGAUUGCUCCUGAAGACGGCGGCGGUGCCGGCGGCCUCUCGAAGCUCCGGCCGCCCCACGGCUCGCUGCUGCUCUACGCGCUCUGCGACCUGCUCUGCCGAACGCUGAAGGACGGCAAUGCCGCGGAGGAGGCCACCGGCGUCACGCUGGACCGGGCCUCGGCGGAGGCGUUGGCGCUCGUGGCGGACUGCGUGCGUGCCGUGGCGAUGGAGGGGCGCGAUGAUAGUGGCGGCGGUGGCGGCGGCGAUGUCGGCGGUGGCGGUGGUUGCUCCCCGUCAGUGCGACGCACCGUACAGGCCUUGAGGAUGCGGAGGCCCGGCUGGGUGGAGGCCACCCUGGCACGGGCGGCCAGGAUCGUUGGAGCACAGCGGUGCGACGCAGAGAGCGGCACGCGUGGUGCGGCGCGGCCGGUUGAGCUGCCGCCAGCAGCUCCGCCUUCGCGCCGGAGGCCAGGUGGUCCCCUAUACCUGCGCCGCAUCCAUCACGCUGUCAGCACCAAUGAGAUGUGGCUCGCACAGCAACUGGGAGGGGAUAGAAGAGUUCAAGUGGAGCAGACCCCAGCGGAGUUUGUGCUUUCGGAUUCCGAGCCUCCUUCAGACUUUAAUCCUGUGAGCAGCCUCUGCCACAUUGGCACCGAGCCACUACAACAGGCACAACUGUUUUCCUGGCCCUGGGACUGGAGUGCCUUGCUGCAGUCUCACCUGGGACUGAGUAAGCCCUCCUUCGCCUGCCUGCUGGCCAACAGGUGGGAAAUGCAGGAAGACGCGACGCUGGAUGAGGAGGAGAGAGCCAUGGUGGAGCACCUGAGAAACGUCUACCUCGAUAUCGCAGAGGCCAGGGGGUUCCACGCUUAAAACUCGCUCGCUCUCUCACUCUCCAAACGAAACGUCCAGACGAGGUCCAACGGCUCCCUCUUUCUCGCUCUCUCUCUCCCUCACCGUCUGCUGCCGGUGCAGCCCGCCACAUUGUUGCAUUUUCCAUUGUGUUUAUUUCCCCGACAGUCGAAACCAAAGCCUUCCUUGUCGGCAAGCCUUCGACUGCCGGGAGCUGCGGUAGAAAUCGCACCGAGGGCCGCGGUUGGAGCGGCGCGGCGCUAAGCCGCAGGUCGCCGCCGCCGCCGUUGCUGGCGUGAUCGCGGAGCGGCGUUGGGUGAUGCGCGGACCCGGCCGGCAGCCUUAACACUUGGCCGCAGCGUGGCCCGCUCGUGAAAUCAGAUAAAAGAAAGAAGAAAAAAACAUCCAAGUCAAAGAGCGCGUCGGGGGCGGGGGGGGGGGGGUGGCAGGCGCGAAAAUAACGACGUCUGUUAACGAGGGGGCCCACCUUCUGAACAGGAGCGAAUGUUGAGUAUCAGUUGUAGCUUUUGCAAGCCUGCACAAUGAUGAUAAUAAUAAUGAUGAUGUUGUUGUCUCAGCCACGAUAGAUUCACGUCAAGCUCAGCAUUAUUAUAUUACUUCCGUUUGCCCCCCCCCACCACCACCCAGCCAAAGCACAGCGAAGCUCUUGCGGCAAGCAAGCAAGCACGCACGCUUGUGGGGAUGAUCAAAGGGUACGAGGGAUGCGAGAGGCGGGGGAGUGAGUUUGCUGCGAAAGUUCCGUGGAGAAGUCGAGUGCGUUUGUCAGUCGACCGCGCGAGCCCGUUGGCCGCUGGCCUCUGGCGGAUGGAGGCGAUCGGAUUGACAGCUGUUGGGAGUAAUUUUGGAACAAUGGCAUCGCCCGCGUAACUCAUCUUCACGGUGCUCGUCUGCUGAACCUGCGAUAGGCCAAGAGCGAACGUGAGACCGGCCUCUUUAUUUUUUAAUUUUAUUUGUAUUUUCUCCCUCGCCGUGGCACGGACUCGUAACAGGGUCAGCAAUUAAGUUGUCAUAAUUACACACGGCUACUUGUUCAACCUUAUAUAUAUAUUUUUUAAACACUCCAGUUUAAGUGAAAUGCAUUUGUCGUAAUAUGUCGAAGUACCCUGUUUUUUGUUGAUCCAUUUGAUAAUUCGAUAUGAACCUACCACUGCCACCACCUUCAGACUCCAGUCACGUAUUUAUUUUUCCUUAGGGUCCCAUGAGGAUUUUUACACAGGGUUCAACAUUUUACAUGCAGUUUUGCGCGAGGGUUUUCAACAGAGCUCCUAAAGGCACCGUGUAGUCGCUUGUAAACGGUAAAGGUGCAGUCCUACAAUUGCCGGCCCACGUCGCUGCUGGUGGCAGGGCCUCCACUAGAGGGAGCAUUUCAGAGGUAUGUUGGCCUAUGAUUCCAUGUUGGCCAGACGUCUUCGAAGGGGAAAGAGUUACCCACACUUUUCCCCACCACACGCAACCUGUCUUUACCGCUCUGUACCCAUACUGUAUAUAUACACAUAUUAAGACGAAACUAAAUUAUUUGUUAUUUUACCAGGUAAGGCCCACUGACCGAUAUAAAUGACAGCUCAAUGAAGUGGCGCAUCAUGUGGAAAUUUAUAGCAGCCAAAUAAAUGUGGAGAGAAAAAUGGGCGGACACGUAGAAAAACCCACGCAACCGCAGGGAGAACAUGCAGACUCCAAAUAUACAGACGUCGGGGUCGUGAUCGAACCCACAACCUCAUGUAUACCUGGUGAGGUAGUUAACAUCUCGCCACCACGGUGCCCCUUAGUACUGGGAUGACAGAGGUGGUGGGUGGGGGUUUAAGACACUUGCACGACUGUUUCAGACUGCAUACAGGAAGAAUCCAAUGAGCUGUAAAGCUCUGAAUUUCAGUUGCAAUGUGCUGACCCCACAGCAGUCUCUUGUUCGGGGCUGGGUUCUACGGUUCUCCGGGGGGGCGGAGCUAAUAUCAUUCCGGCCUGUGAUUGGGUGGCAUCCUUCCAGUGGGUGGUGCUAAGUGACAUGCGACGUGACAUGUACAAUGUGCAGGCACGCCUCUACUUACAAACAUGUUAGAUUCCAGAGAUAUGUUCGUAAGUCGGUUUGUUCGUCACAAACUUUACUCCUGUCUUAUUCCAAACAUGUUGUACGGCAUGUACACUAAAUACGGGGAAUGGCUUUUUAAGGUGUAUCAUCUCUUGUAUAUCUAAAUGACACCGGUUCUUCAUGUUCUGUAGAUGUAGAUGCCACUGGUUCUUCAUGUGGCAUCUACAUGACAUACGGGCAGGUUGUUCGUAUACUGUAUCUGAAAGUUCGUAAUUCGAGUGUUCGUAAGUAGAGGAGUCUCUGUAAUCGGAGUGGCUCUGCCUGAGCUCGCAAGCAGUUCGCGUGCCUGGCUCGAGAGAGAUAUGCGGAGGGUACUCUAUGGAGUAUUAUGAAGUAAGAAUUGUGUUUGUUAAAUGUUCAAUACUCAUUGCGACUAAAGUAUCUCGAUGACUUGCGAUACAUGCAAUAUAUAAUAUUGAUUUGAAGCUUUCGUGACUGCAGGAAUCCAUACUCUUUGGUUCUUUCGGUAAAGUCACGUAGGUAUAUUUUAUUUUAUACCUACGUGACUUUACAGAAAAAAACAAAGAGAAUGUACAAUAUGUUUAGAAUUUUGGGACAUUUACAAUAAGAAAAAAAGUAUACAUUUUAAUUUACAGAUUACAUCUUAGCCUAGAUGUACUAUAUCUUGUUAUUAAAUAAAUUACAAACUAAAAUACGUGCAGAAAGUGUAAUUGGCUCAUAGAGAGGAAUAGCCAUUGUGCCACACAUUCCAUAUUUACAAUUGCUUGUAACCAAAUUGCAACAAAAGUAAAGCUUUGCAUAAAGAGCUCAAGUAGCUCAGGUAUCCGAUACGACAAAGACAAUUGUCAUUGGGCUGUCACCUUGUGACAGUCUAAUCUUGCGCAUGCUGACAGCAAUCUUCAGGAGCUAGAUACCAAUGUCAAGGUCUACUAGCCACGACAAGAGGGCUUCAGGAUAGAGUUCGUGUGGUUUUGCUCUUUCUCCCCCGUUGAAGGAGCGCGGAUUACAAGCGGGUUUACAGCAUUGUCCAUAGUUUGGUUUGCAUGGCCACACUCGCACUGCUGUGGCUUGACUAUACACCGAGUGAAAUAAAGGACCCUGAUGCUGAGUGCUUGUGUGUGUAUGAGGUGUGACUCGCAAGCCGGCAAGAGGGAGAAAGGUGCGACUUUACCCCGAGGAUCGGCCCUCCCAACGUGCCUUGAUUGUCACAUGGCAUCACCACGUGGCGUGUAAUGUGCACGGCCUUGUUUUGGACCACCAGCUCACGAGAGCCAAAGUCGUGGCUAUUUGUGUUCCAGUUCUCUCAAUGUGUGUUUCCUCAGCUGCUGUCUAAAGUGAAAAUAGCCACAAUUUUGACCCUUUUGAGUUACGGUCUAUUGCAACGCUAUCAUGUUAUUUGUACCAUUAUGCGCACAAUAUGGUGAUGUCACGCGACAUGCAAUCCAUGAUAGGAAGACCAAUUCUAUCUUUUCAGUGGUGCUUCUUCCCGUCUAUAAUGCACAUGUUGUGUGCCUUUUCUCCAUGACUGGUUUCUCACCAUUUGAAAACGUUGGAUCCGGUCUUCCUCGCAAGCCAGGUUGACAACAUCGUUCGGGACGCACUGUCGGCCGACGCUGGAAUUCUGCAGAUGCUUUGCUGCGGUUUUAAGGAUUUUAAAGCCACGAUGAACGGAAGCACACGCGGAGGACGGCGAUGUCUGGCGUGAUAGAGCGGAAUCGCUUCCCCCCCCCCUCCUCCCCGUGGGAUCGCGAGGGCCCACAAGGUGACCUGUGGCAAAAUCGCUCGACUCCCCGACGGAGGACCCUUCUAAUUGUGCCGCCACUCAUUUGCCGAUUUGAACGUCAACUUUUGAGCGUCGCGCUUGCAACCGCCGUGCAAACGACGCUCAGGAGUCAUUAGGCAGGGCCUCCCGUGCGUGUCCACCGGGCCUGGAGUCCCACUGGCCGGGCAGUACGCCCGGCCGCGGAAUGAACCCUCCCCCCUCCGAGGCCAUAGAUGGAGGUUCUAUUUGUUUAUUUUUUUUCAAAAGCCUUCCCAGCGAAACCGCUCCGCAACCCCUUGUAACCCAAAGGUAACUCGAUCAUCGCCUGCAUGCAGAUUUGAAUGUCAAGUGGUGAUGCUCACGUACAAGCGGGUGGCUGGGGGGGGGGG